AUGCCUUGCGUCUCAGGCGUCUGCCACGUGGGGGCGACGCUAACCGCUAUGAUCCCCUGCACCCCGGAGUCAUCCGGUUCGGAAACGACCUCGGCCCCCGCCCGGAGGAGAGCCGCCGGCAAAAGGUCCAAGACAGGCUGUCGAACCUGUCGUGCCCGUCAUAAGAAAUGCGACGAAUCCCCAGGCGCCUGCAACAACUGCACCUCAACGGGCCGAACCUGCGAUGGAUAUGACCUCCACCGGCUGCCCCGCGAGGGACGAAGAAAGGAACAACCGCUGGUGAAAUUCACGUUACCUAUCUCCCUCGCAAACGGGCUGCAGUGGGUCAAGAACUCUGAUGAGCAACGCGCAUUCUUCUACUUUCAGCAUCAUACAAUACCCGCAUUUGUCGGGUGGUUCGACUCGUCGCUAUGGCAGAAAUUGGUACUCCAGAUGAGCCAUGCAGAGCCCGCUGUUUACCAUGCCGUCGUGGCGCUGAGUGCCAUUCACCAGGAUUCGGACAAGAGAGGCAUGCCGCUCUCCAGAGAGAACUUGGGGAGUACCUGGCAUCGAUUCGCCUUGGAGCAGGCCGGGCGAUCCUUUCACUUGAUCAAUGCGCGACCGGCAUCGCAGGAUCCCCGCCUGUGGGAAGUCACCCUGCUUUGUUCUUUGCUUUAUGUGAUCUCAGAACUCUUGAGAGGUCAAUAUGAGAGUGCAUUCAAUCACCUUCGUGGUGGUAUUUGCAUUCUGAAACAACUGGGUGCUCACAAACAGCUUGAGCCCGCAACCUCCAAGACAAUGGUGGAUCAGUCCCUCGUCGAGGCAUUUGCGCACCUGGACCUCCAGUCUCCCCAGUUCGGCGUAGAAGGGCCGCUUUUGUGUAUGGAUGAGCAGGAUCACCCUCAACCUCGAAAAGAGAAGUUUCUGGUCUUUCGGACACUCGCAGAGGCGCGUCAAGCUUUGGACCGUCUAAUGAACACAGUACUAAGGUUUACUAAUGGGUCUUGGGGGUCUAGCCAUGACGAGAUCGCAUCGGACUACGGAAUACGUUACAAAUCGCAGCUCAGUCUUUGUAUGCGGGUGGAAGAGUUUGCUCAAGCAUUCAACAGCUUCCGAAAUCAAGCAUCCCUCACCCCAAAAGAACAAAGAGGAGCAGACUUGAUCUACCUACAUCAACGAACAGCAACCCUGGCCCUCCAGAUUUGCCUCCUGGAUGGAAACGAGCCCGUACUUGACCAAUACACUCCCGAAUUUGAAAACAUCUUAUCUCUAGCGAAUAAAAUCAUGUACACCUUCCCAGAACGCCCCAGCGUCUGCCUGGAUAUGGGUAUCAUUCCAUCCCUGUUUCUUGUGGCGACCGCCUGUCUUGACUACAAGGUACGCUGGAAGGCAAUUGAAGCGCUUCGUGCCUGGCCUCACCGUGAGGGGCCGUGGGACUCCAAUUUAUGUGCGCAAAUGGCUGUUGAGACGAUGAAUUUGGAGAGAACAAAUAAUUUCAACAUGUACGGUGAGCAAACAAGAUUCGGGGAUCCGGAAGAGCCCUCUUUGCGGCGCGUGUUUGUGACAGUUGCUCCCGAUCAGCGUCAGGCACGCUUGUCAUACGUUGUGGGACAUGCGGAGCAUGAACAGUGGUUUGAUUUGGAUGUGUCUCUCUGA